AUGGGGAAGUUAUUUAGAGGAUUUAGUGUGGAAGAAGACUGGACUUCUUGUGCAGAGUAUUAUUCUCUAGGCAUCCUUUGGCAAUUAAUUGUAGGAGCCCAUUGCUACUCGGCCCUGCGCAUCAGCAUGGCGCAGAGGGAGGCCUGCAUCUACGCCUGCAAGGAGUCCUGCAAUGACACUCAGUACAAGAUGACCAUCUCCAUGGACGUCUGGCCUUCUGAGGCCUCUGAGGACUGGAUUUUCCACGUCUUGUCUCAGGAGCGGGACCAAAGCAGCAAUAUCACCUUGAGCAGGAAAGGGAUUGUCAAGCUCAACAUCUACUUCCAAGAAUUCAACUAUCGCACCAUUGAAGAGUCAGCAGCCAAUAACAUCGUCUGGCUGCUCUCAAACCUGGGUGGACAGUUCGGCUUCUGGCUGGGGGGCUCGGUGCUCUGCCUCAUCGAGUUCGGGGAGAUCAUCAUCGACUUCGUGUGGAUCACCAUCAUUAAGCUGGUGGCCCUCACCAAGAGUGUGCGGCAGAAGCGGGCCCAGGCUCGCUACGAGGGCCCGCCGCCCACCGUGGCCGAGCUGGUGGAGGCGCACACCAACUUUGGCUUCCAGCCGGACUCAGCCACGCCUGGCCCUGAUGCAGGGGCCUACCCGCAUGAGCAGAAUCCGCCCAUCCCGGGCACCCCACCCCCCAACUAUGACUCCUUGCGCCUGCAGCCGCUGGAUGUCAUCGAGUCUGACAGCGAGGGUGAUGCCAUCUAG